UUUCUGCGGGUUCUUUCCGGAGUGCUGUUUUCGGCGGAUCGACAGGUAAUGCCUGCCAUUUGUUUUUCCCGCGAACUAGACGCAGAUCAUCGCGCCCUUGAUGCCAGAGAGAGAGCAAGGGAGCAAACACAAAGUGCCACAGCGAGCUGACGUAUAUACCACAAUGGGAAUACACGGGCUUGCCAAGCUGAUUGCUGACCAGUCCCCGGGCGCCAUCAAAGAACAAGAGAUCAAGAACUACUUUGGAAGAAAAAUUGCCAUCGAUGCCUCCAUGUGCAUCUACCAGUUCCUAAUUGCCGUGCGACAGGACGGAAACGUUCUGCAGAAUGAAGAUGGAGAGACGACAAGCCACCUGAUGGGAAUGUUCUACCGGACGAUCCGCAUGCUGGAGCACGGCAUCAAACCCGUGUACGUGUUCGAUGGCAAGCCGCCGCAGCUCAAGUCCGCAGAGCUGGAGAAGAGAGGGGAGAGGAGGGCAGAAGCUGAAAAGAUGCUUGCUCAAGCUCAGGAAAUGGGGGAACAAGAGAAUAUUGACAAAUUCUCCAAACGUCUGGUGAAGGUCACCAAACAUCAUAACGACGAGUGCAAGAAGCUGCUGACCCUGAUGGGAGUGCCUUACAUCGAGGCUCCGUGUGAGGCAGAGGCCAGCUGUGCCGCUCUGGUGAAAGCGGGGAAGGUGUUCGCCACGGCAACAGAGGACAUGGACGGGCUGACGUUUGGUACAAAUGUCCUGCUCAGACACCUCACCUCCAGUGAAGCAAAGAAACUUCCCAUCCAAGAAUUCAACUUCAGUCGUAUCCUGGAAGACAUCGGCCUGACCAAUGAACAGUUCAUAGACCUGUGUAUCCUAAUGGGCUGUGACUACUGUGGCACUAUCAAGGGGAUCGGCCCCAAGAGGGCCAUCGACCUGAUCAAACAGCACGGGAGCAUCGAGGAGAUCCUGGAGAACAUCGACCAAAGCAAGCACCCAGCUCCAGAGGACUGGCUCUACAAAGAGGCCAGGGGAUUGUUUUUAAAGCCGGACGUGGUGGAUUGUUCCUCAGUGGAUCUGAAGUGGAUCGAGCCAGACGAGGAGGCACUGGUCCAGUUCAUGUGUAAUGAGAAACAGUUCAGUGAGGACAGGAUUCGUAAUGGCUUUAAAAAGAUUGUAAAGAGUCGCCAGGGAAGCACGCAAGGACGACUGGACUCUUUCUUCUCCGUCACUGGAUCUCUGUCCUCCAAACGGAAGGAACCUGAGGUAAAAGGAUCGGCAAAGAAGAAGCAGAAGACUGGAGCCACACCGGGCAAAUUUAAGAAAGGCAGAUAGACUGAACAUAGUUAUGAGUAAUAAAUGUACUAAUUGAAUAGUACUAAACAAAAAGCUCAUGUUGAGGCAGGAAGAAGAAGCAGCAUCACAAUAGGAGUUUGUGUGUGAUAAUAAAUAAAUCGGCUGAAAAUCAGUUCUACAUGACCAGACAUGAGUUUGAGUGUUUAAGGAUUUCUUUUCAAAGUGUAUUUUCUGAUGAAGAAUAAAAGUAAGUUGUUUUUUUGUACAA